CUUGUAUCAUCAGGAUGCAAGCAAAGAUUCAAUCAGCUCUAGAGCAGCAGCAUAAAGUACUUCUGUGCGUGUGAGAGCGAGGGAGAGAAGUGGCUGAGAUCCCAGUUAAUCUGCUGGAGAUCAGUGCUGGAACCUCUGCAACAACUCCCUUCUCCCCCUCUCUCCCUGCCCUUCCUUUCUUUUCUUUUCUACCUUUGUACUUGACUAUAGGACGAAUGAGCAAGACAUUCCAGCCAUUUCGAGCGGCAACUUUCCACCCCCUGGAGCUCAACACAGAACAGAAGCAUCGAUCCAUAAUCUCUGGGAAGACCCUUUUGCAACGUGCGACUAACUGAUGGAGGGGGAAUGAUGGGCUAAGAGAAAGAGACAGAGAGAGAGAAGUGUAACGGGACCCAAAAAAGCAGCAACAGCUAUUCAUGUCUAAAUACCUCAGAGGAAACAUACACUUCUAACACUCUGCACAACGAACAAGAAACACAGAGAGAAUGAGGUGGAAAUACAGCCUACCUCGGAGCAGCUUGUGAGUGCAUGGAACUGGCAGAGGCUCAGCAUGAAUUAAAAAGGAGUGGAGAAGAUGGAGAGCACCCUUCGCUGUGAGCCCAGGCUCUCUGCUAUGGAUACCAGCAGGGGACUCUUAUUUCUCCUUCUCUACGUUUUAAUAGGCAUCCCUCAGACUUUCCAGCAAGUGCUAAGGAUCGGAGGAAUAUUUGAAACUGUGGAAAAUGAACCUGUUAAUGUUGAAGAAUUAGCUUUCAAGUUUGCAGUCACCAACAUUAACAGAAACAGAACACUGAUGCCUAAUACCACAUUAACCUACGACAUCCAGAGAAUUAACCUCUUUGAUAGUUUUGAAGCUUCAAGACGAGCAUGUGACCAGCUUGCGUUUGGUGUAGCUGCACUGUUUGGACCCUCCCACAGUUCCUCGGUCAGUGCGGUGCAGUCUAUUUGCAAUGCUCUUGAAGUUCCACAUAUACAGACCCGAUGGAAGCACCCUACAGUGGAUAACAAAGAUACAUUUUAUAUCAACCUCUACCCAGACUAUGCAGCCAUCAGUAGGGCAAUUUUGGAUUUGGUACUAUAUUACAACUGGAAAAUAGUGACAGUAGUAUAUGAAGACAGUACAGGUCUAAUUCGCCUGCAAGAGCUCAUCAAAGCCCCUUCUAGAUAUAACAUUAAAAUCAAAAUCCGUCAGUUGCCCUCUGGGAAUAAAGAUGCCAGGCCUUUACUCAAGGAGAUGAAGAAAGGCAAGGAGUUCUAUGUGAUAUUUGAUUGCUCACAUGAAACAGCAGCAGAAAUCCUUAAACAGAUUCUUUCCAUGGGAAUGAUGACCGAAUACUAUCACUACUUUUUUACAACACUGGAUCUAUUUGCAUUAGAUCUGGAACCCUACAGAUACAGUGGAGUAAACAUGACCGGGUUUCGCCUGCUCAACAUUGACAAUCCACAGGUUACAUCAGUUAUUGAAAAGUGGUCGAUGGAACGGCUGCAGGCACCGCCCAAACCAGAAACUGGCCUCCUGGAUGGCAUGAUGACAACUGAAGCAGCUCUGAUGUAUGAUGCUGUUUACAUGGUAGCAGUGGCCUCCCAGCGUGCAUCCCAAAUGACUGUCAGCUCCCUGCAGUGCCACAGACACAAGCCAUGGCGUUUUGGACCCAGAUUUAUGAAUCUGAUAAAAGAGGCACGGUGGGAUGGUUUGACAGGGCGCAUUACCUUCAACAAAACAGACGGCUUAAGAAAGGAUUUUGAUUUGGACAUUAUUAGUCUCAAGGAAGAAGGAACAGAAAAGAUUGGGGUUUGGAACUCAAAUAGUGGCCUUAAUAUGACUGACAGCAAUAAAGACAGAUCUACCAAUAUCACCGAUUCACUGGCUAACCGAACACUCAUAGUCACUACCAUUUUGGAAGAUCCCUAUGUUAUGUACAAAAAGUCUGAUAAGCCCUUGUAUGGAAAUGACAGAUUUGAAGGAUAUUGCCUGGAUUUGUUGAAGGAACUGUCAAAUAUUUUAGGCUUCAUCUAUGAGGUCAAACUAGUUUCUGAUGGUAAAUAUGGAGCCCAGAAUGACAAAGGAGAGUGGAAUGGGAUGGUCAAAGAACUCAUAGAUCAUAAAGCCGAUCUGGCGGUUGCUCCUCUCACUAUCACCUACGUAAGGGAGAAAGUAAUCGACUUUUCAAAACCCUUCAUGACACUGGGGAUCAGUAUUUUGUACCGGAAACCCAAUGGCACAAAUCCUGGUGUUUUCUCCUUUCUCAACCCUCUUUCUCCUGAUAUUUGGAUGUAUGUCCUCCUAGCCUGCCUUGGAGUCAGUUGUGUACUCUUUGUAAUUGCAAGGUUUACACCCUAUGAGUGGUAUAACCCCCACCCGUGCAACCCUGACUCAGAUGUGGUGGAAAACAAUUUUACUUUACUAAAUAGUUUCUGGUUUGGAGUUGGAGCUCUCAUGCAGCAAGGAUCAGAGCUGAUGCCCAAAGCUCUUUCUACCAGAAUAGUUGGAGGAAUAUGGUGGUUUUUCACCUUAAUCAUAAUCUCAUCCUACACUGCCAACUUGGCUGCCUUCCUGACAGUUGAGAGAAUGGAAUCCCCCAUCGAUUCAGCAGAUGAUUUGGCAAAGCAAACCAAGAUAGAAUAUGGGGCUGUUAGAGAUGGAUCAACAAUGACCUUCUUCAAGAAAUCCAAAAUAUCAACAUAUGAAAAAAUGUGGGCAUUCAUGAGCAGCAGGCAGCAGACUGCACUGGUGAAGAACAAUGAUGAGGGAAUCCAGCGGGUGCUCACAACGGACUAUGCCCUGCUGAUGGAAUCAACCAGCAUAGAAUAUGUGACUCAGAGAAACUGCAAUCUCACGCAGAUCGGCGGACUCAUUGAUUCUAAAGGCUAUGGCGUGGGAACUCCUAUUGGGUCUCCUUAUAGAGACAAAAUUACCAUUGCCAUUCUCCAGCUACAGGAGGAGGGGAAACUGCACAUGAUGAAAGAAAAGUGGUGGCGGGGCAAUGGGUGCCCUGAGGAGGACAGCAAAGAGGCCAGUGCUCUGGGGGUUGAGAAUAUUGGGGGCAUCUUUAUAGUGCUUGCUGCCGGACUUGUUCUUUCAGUGUUCGUAGCCAUUGGAGAAUUUAUAUAUAAAUCCAGGAAAAACAGCGAUAUUGAACAGGCCUUUUGUUUCUUUUAUGGACUACAAUGUAAGCAAACCCAUCCAUCCAACUCCACCUCUGGAACCACCUUAUCUACGGAGUUAGACUGUGGCAAAUUAAUCCGAGAGGAGCGAGGGAUUCGAACACAACCCUCAAUUCAUACUGUAUAAUCAGUAAAGGAAAAAGUGUCUUUCUUUUAAUGCUAUAAUGGAGGAGCUCGGGAUUUCACUCAAGCAUCAGAAGAAGUUAAAGAAAAGGUCAAGAACUAAAGGGAGAUCAUCGUUCACAAGUAUCCUUACUUGUCAUCAGAGGCGGACACUGAGGAAAGAAACCAUGGCUUAAACAAAAACAAACAAAAAAAACCCUCUUGGGAAACAUCAGGAAUAAAAAACAAAACAAAAAACUUUGCUGCCUACAAAAUUGACUAUGAAGGAAUUUCUGAAAAUAGACAUUUAACUUGUUCUUCAGAAAUUGUGUGGGGCUUCUUUUUAUCUGGGGAAGGUAUAGCAGUUUAAAUGCUCACAUAGACUGAUAUAUAACUAAUUGGAAAAGCGUCUCACCAUAUCUUUUGAAAGGAAUUUGUAUGCUGACCUGUUUUGCAUCUCUGUUCCCUCCCCAUACAUUGCUGUAUGUGCUUUCUAAAUAAAUAAAGAUACAGGGUUGUUUUUUCCAAUAA